AGGCGGGAUUUCAUUGCGCGUUCACAACACGUUCACGGCUAAUACGGCUAAGCUAGCUGUGCUGCUUCGCUCUGUUUUCAAAUAUUCAGAAUUCAGACAUUAGAGCUCCAGGAGGAAAAAACAUGCCUGUCUUUAACGGAAAACAGGACGUCGUGUUUGAGGAAGAUGAUCUUCCCUACGAGGAAGAAAUCAUCAGGAACCCGUACUCAGUGAAGUGCUGGAUGCGUUACAUCGAGCACAAACAAAACGCCCCGAAGUCUGUGCUGAACAUGAUUUACGAGCGAUCGCUUAAGGAACUCCCGGGCAGUUACAAGUUGUGGUACAACUACCUGAGAGAGAGAAGGAAGCAGAUCAAAGGGAAAUGUGUCACAGAUCCGGCGUACGAGGAGGUCAACAACUGCCACGAGAGAGCGCUGGUGUUCAUGCACAAGAUGCCGAGGAUUUGGCUGGAUUACUGCCAGUUCAUAGUGUCUCAGUGCAAAAUCACAAGAAGCCGGCGCACGUUUGACCGAGCGCUCAGAGCUCUGCCGGUCACCCAGCACCCCCGCGUCUGGCCCCUGUACCUCAAGUUUGCCCGGAAGUUACCCCUGCCUGAGACCGCCAUCCGGGUUUAUCGCCGAUAUCUCAAGCUGUCUCCAGAGAACGCAGAGGAGUACAUCGAUUACCUGCGCUCCGUAGGACGUCUGGACGAGGCAGCGGUCCGGCUCGCCGCUGUGGUGAACGACGAAGGCUUCGUCUCGAAAGAGGGAAAAUCAAACUAUCAGCUCUGGCACGAACUGUGCGAUCUCAUCUCCAAGAACCCGGACAAGGUGACCUCGCUGAACGUCGGCGCCAUCAUCCGCGGUGGUCUCACUCGCUUCACGGACCAGCUGGGCAAGCUGUGGUGCUCCAUGGCCGAUUACUACAUCCGCAGCGGCCACUUCGAGAAGGCUCGGGAUGUGUAUGAAGAGGCGAUUCAGACCGUCGUCACCGUACGAGACUUCACUCAGGUGUUCGACAGCUACGCCCAGUUCGAAGAGAGCAUGAUCGCUGCCAAGAUGGAAACCACGUCCGAGAUGGGAAAAGACGAAGACGAUGACAUCGAUCUGGAGCUGCGCUUGGCCCGGUUCGAGGAGCUGAUCACGCGCCGGCCGCUUUUACUCAACAGCGUGCUCCUGCGCCAGAACCCCCACAACGUCCACGAGUGGCACAAGAGGGUCAAACUCUACGAAGGCAAUCCUCGACAGAUCAUAAACACCUACACUGAAGCGGUGCAGACAAUAGAUGCUGUAAAAGCUACCGGGAAACCUCACUCGCUCUGGGUCUCGUUCGCCCGGUUCUACGAGGACAACGAACAACUGGAUGAUGCCAGAACGAUCUUCGAGAAGGCCACCAAGGUGAACUACAAGCAGGUGGACGACCUGGCAGCAGUGUGGUGCGAAUACGGAGAGAUGGAGUUACGGCACGAGAACUACGACCAGGCGUUACGUAUACUCAGGAAAGCCACAGCGAUCCCCUCGAGAAAAGCAGAGUACUUUGAUUCGUCCGAGCCAGUGCAGAAUCGAGUGUAUAAAUCCCUGAAGGUCUGGUCCAUGCUGGCAGAUUUGGAGGAGAGCCUCGGCACCUUCCAGUCAACGAAAUCGGUGUACGAUCGCAUCAUCGACCUCCGCAUCGCCACGCCGCAGAUCAUCAUCAACUACGCCAUGUUCCUCGAGGAGCACAACUACUUUGAGGAAAGCUUUAAAGCGUACGAACGUGGCAUCGCGCUCUUCAGGUGGCCCAACGUGUACGACAUCUGGAACACCUACCUCACCAAGUUCAUCGAUCGCUACGGAGGCAAGAAGCUGGAGAGAGCGCGAGACCUGUUCGAGCAGGCGCUGGACGGGUGUCCACCCAAGUUUGCGAAAACCAUCUACCUGCUGUAUGCUAAGCUGGAGGAGGAGUAUGGACUGGCCCGCCAUGCCAUGGCUGUGUACGAGAGAUCGACGCAGGCUGUGGAGCCCCAAGAGCGCCACCUCAUGUUCAACAUCUACAUCAAGAGAGCUGCGGAGAUCUACGGAGUCACUCACACCAGAGCAAUCUAUCAGAAAGCCAUCGAGGUUCUCCCAGAUGAACAUGCCCGGGACAUGUGCCUGCGUUUCGCUGACAUGGAGAGCAAACUGGGCGAGAUCGAUCGUGCAAGAGCUAUUUAUUGCUUCUGCUCCCAGAUGUGUGAUCCCAGGAUGACUGCUCAUUUCUGGCAGACGUGGAAAGAUUUCGAGGUCCGGCACGGGAACGAGGACACAAUCCGCGAGAUGCUGCGAAUAAAGAGAAGCGUCCAGGCAACCUACAACACACAGGUCAACUUUAUGUCCGCACAGAUGCUGAAAGCAACCACAAGCGCUACUGUGUCGGACCUUGCUCCAGGCCAGAUUGGCAUGGACGACAUGAAGAUGUUGGAGCAGAAAGCGCAGCAGCUGGCUGCAGAAGCUGAACAGGACAAACCCAAACCUAAAGACAAGAUCCUUUUUGUCAGGAGCGACACCUCUCGCAGCGAACUGGCCGAGCUAGCCAAGCAGGCUAACCCAGACGAGAUCGACAUCGACGACGACGAGGAGGAGGGAGACGGAGACGAAGAACCAGACGAGGUGCAACUCGAGCAGAAAAGCGUCCCCACAGCAGUGUUCGGAGGACUGAAGGACGACUGAAACGGGUUAUCGCCGACGUCGACGUGAUCGAUGACCUCGUGAUCCUCCGAUAGCCAGAAAUAGAACAGAUUUGCAAAAUGCAAACGAGUUGAUUUGAAUUGGUCAAACUUCUGUACACUUCCUCUUCUAAGUUAAUGGACUGCCAGGUGUUUGCCGUAUUUGCUGGUGUCCAGCACAAUAAGCAGUAGUUCCAGAUAUGAGCACAAGAGGUCAGACUUUCCUUCAUUCACACAAUCCUAAAGAAAUAAUCCCGUUUUCUUUGUAACCUAAACCCCGUCACGUUGUUUCACUGUAUGUUGGAUUGCUAUAAAUAUGUUCUUUAUAUGUUUUGUGUACUGAAAAGAAAUUGGAUCACCGAUUAAAACCGUUUGAAAUAACGACACGCAACAACGAGUUACAAUUCUGUGUUCGCGAAGGCAGAGCGGUACAAAAUAAAUACAAAAAUAAAAAAAGCAGUGCAAAUGUUGUUAGUGCCGUGUCACAUUUCCAACAAUGGAGGUUGGACUCUGGUGAAAUAAACUCCUCCUUUCAUACUA